UCCAGAAGAUUAACAUCCCCACUCCUGUCAGUUUCCGAUGGCCAUGCCCGGUUAAAAAAAAUCGUCAUCAUCACCAUCAUCAUCAUCUUUAAAAAAUAAUAAUAAAAUUGCAAGCCCAAGUUAACUGCUUGUUGCCGAUCGUCACUCGCCUAAGGAAUGGCCGAACCUUUUGCGAAUGAGUUGGCGUCCGCAGCUGCCAGAGGGGACCUAGCGCAAGUUACUAAUUUAUUGGAAAAGAAUGUAAACGUCAAUGCACAAAAUGGAUUUGGGAGGACUGCGCUGCAGGUGAUGAAGCUGGGCUAUCCGGAGAUCGCCCGGCGGUUGCUGCUGCGAGGCGCCGACCCCGACCUAAAGGAUGGCACCGGCUUCGCCGUCCUGCACGACGCGGCCCGUGGCGGCUUCCUAGACACCCUGCAGACUUUGCUGGAGUUCCAGGCAGACGUGAACGUGGAGGACGGGGAGGGCAACCUGCCCUUGCACUUGGCCGCCCAGGAGGGCCACCUGCCCGUCGUGGCCUUCCUGCUCGACCGCACGGCCAGCCGGGUGGAGCAUCGCAACAAGAAGGGCGCCACCGCCUACGACCUGGCCAAGCUUUACAAGCGGGACGCGGUCGCCGAACUGCUCGAGGGCCGCUGCGGCAGCAGGCGGAGGGAGGGCGCCGUCAGCGGGGACUGAAGCGCCCACCCUCCGCGCUCCGGACUCGAGCGCUCCGCGAGUGCUCCCGCUUCGCCCACGGCUUCCAGCGCACACGCCGCCUCCCUCCCUCUUACUGAGAAUAUCCCAACAAAUCGUGUAGGUCUCUUGCAGACGUCGCGUCUCUUUCCGCCUCAGAAAAGGACCAGAAAAUCAUGCCAGUGGUCGCUUGCCUCGAAGGCGAGCUGAGCAAGCCAGCCCCCAGGUCAGCUCGCUCGCUUUCUGCUUUUGGCCUGCAAUCCUAUGCACUUCUAGACGGAAAAAUGAGUCUCCAACUCGCAGCAUUCCCCAGCCAUCCAUGGGAAUUGUAACUUUGCUGUCUGGAUCUGCAUCGGAUUGCACCCUGAAUGCCAUUUUUCUUGGCAGAAAAGCGAGGUGCAUAUCCAAUAAAUGUUGUGUUUUGUUUUUUAAAGAAGAUUCCUGCUUACCUUGCUGGUCACUUAAAAAAACUGUAUAAGGUACUGCUUUGUGUUUGUGGAUGACUUUCUUCCUAAAAGAUUUUACUUUUAAACCUUACUUAAAAGCUUACUGUGAUUUUUUUUUCUUCCCACUCCUUGAAAAGCAUCUUGCCUAGUAGAAAAUAAUAUGAAACACCAUGAAGGAGUAUGCCAGCAUGCUGUGACAGGGUUUUGUGCCCAGAGUGGGAGAAGUGUGGAGUAGGUGUGGGGAGAAAACUUUCCAACGUAUUUUGAUACUUAACUAAAUGGUGACACUAACAACAAUCUGCAGAAGUAGAGCAUUUGCUGGAGCUAUUUCAUUGUACUUUUUGUUUAUUGAUGUUCUUUUUAUUGUGGCUUUCCUCCUAAACCACUUUAUUCUGAAGAAAGUUUCAUUGAACGCUGUGGAACUUAUUUCAAAGUAAACAUGUUUAGGAUCCUGGUUUAAAUGGAUUCAUUGAGUAUAUCUUUGUGUAGGUGAGGCAAAAGGUAUCUCUGCUUGGAUUUAUUUUAAUGUUCCCAGUCAGAAAAGAGCAGUUAUAAGUCAGAAAAAGAGUACUUAUGUUUUGCAGAGUUUAUAAUAUCCAUUUAUCAAGUCUUGGAAGUUCAUGAAUUUGAGAUUGUGAAGGGAAAUAUUAUUUGGGAUAUGAUUCACAAAAAUAUACACAAUACAGUUUAGAAAACUGAUAUUGUCAUAUGAAGAUUAAGUUGGAAGACUAGACUCAUUAUACUGGCUUGAUCUGACUUUUGGAAGUGUCUUAAGAUCCUUCUCAAAUCUGGUCUGUUGAUACCAUUUAGCAAUAAAGUUCCAUUUGUUUCAGUUGACCUAAUCCAGAGUAAGUGUUUCUAAUGAUUGGUUAAGAUUAGACCAUUUCAUUCAAAGUUUCUUUUUGAGAGUCAGUGAAUCACCCUAAACAGCAGCAUACUAUAAAAGAUUGAGCAAAUAAACCUUUUGGAAGCACCCAAAAAGGAUGGAUGAAAUUGGACUCUUUGGUUCUGAUGUUUUAGUUUUUAACCUUUCCAGUAGAAAAAGGAGGCAUUAGAAACUGAUAUACUUUGCAUGGGAAUAAAUUACAAAACCUAUAACUUUUAUCAAGUAUUUUAAAUGCUCUGACCUCUCAUACUGCUACAAUUUCUAAUUAAAAAUCUUUAUGUGAUGCAAA